CUUCGAUUCGAGGGGAUUUGUUGCGAUGGCUGGCAUCUUCGAACUGACUUGUUCAAUGUUCUAGCUGGUUUUUCUCUUCAGCUUCGAUUUUUCGCUUGUACUUUUCUGAGUCGUGUCACCGUUAUAAUACCCAAUGUCUCUAAACCAGGUCUGGGAGGCAGCUUCUGCAAGCCCUUAUACUCCUCUUAUUGCGAAAGAGAGCCAAUUUACUGUUGGCUUUACCCUUCUACUGCUCGCUUUUGUUCUUACAGGACUUUUCGGGCUGAACCGAUCUUUCCCUACUAUUAUCUCGCUUGGUGGUCCAGCAUCUCUAGCUUUUGGCUUCGGAGCCGUGUUUAUGAUUUGUGCCGUUGGUGUUUACAAAAGCAGAAUUGUAUCACUAGAAACGUCGGAGAUUUCUCGUCCGCGCCUUCUCAAUAAAUACCCGGUGUUUACUCCAUACUAUUCUAUACUCUCUCCCGAAAUGAUGGCAGAAGAGACGGGACCUAUCUUCACUGCUGUUUCUAGCAACGCACACCAACUCUACACUUUACUCCAUUGCAUUAGCUUUGCGCAGAAUGCCACCGUACAAAUAACGCCGGACGGAAUACGCUUUUCCGUGGAGGAAGCGCGAGUGGUACAAGGACUCGCGUUCCUCGACAAAGCUCUUUUCACCACCUAUACCUUCAAUCCGACUGCCACACCCAGUAACGAACAUGACGUUACAAUGGAGGAUCUUGAAUCAGACAGCUCAAAUUAUCCCUGUUUUGUUAUAUCAUUAUCAGCCCUGCUGGAAACAUUGAAAAUAUUUGGAGCGGGCGAACCCUCGUCCACUAGCGCCAGUAGGGCAGCCAGUGUCCAGCCUUCAACUGUUUCUGCAUCGAGCGCAUUUACGGCUCCCGCUUUACUUCUCAAUCGUUCUUGUACGUUUCAGUACUCGCAUCACGGGUCUCCUUUCAGCAUCACCUUGGCUGAGACUGGCGUUAAAACUGUUUGCGAGUUGACAACAUAUGAACCCGACGAGGGUGUACAAGACAUCCCGUUUCAGCGCGACGGCAUUGUCAUGAAAAUAAUUAUGCGCUCCGCCUGGUUACACAACGCAAUUACGGAGCUCGGUGCAACGAAUCCGAAAAUCUUGAAAAUUUCGGCGUCCGCAAAAGAAGAACCAUUCUUUACCCUCUCUGGUGCUGGUGGCCCAUUCAGCGAGUCGUCGGUGGAAUUCUCGAUUGAGCAAGACGGCCAAAACAACGGAACACAGUCAGACACGCACCGCAAAGUACUCACAAACGACGGAACAACUCGAUCACGGGCUACAAGAGCCAAACUUGCCCCCACAGUUACAGAAACCUUUCUUGUUAGCCCGCCUUCCUCAAUGGGACCUCGCUUGAAACAGGAUUUUCGGUUUGGCUUCAUCCAGAAGGCAUCCCGCGCCAUGGCGGUGGCUAACAAAGUGAGCAUACGCGGCGAUCGACAGGGUGUGUUGAGUUUGCAGUUCAUGAUUGAGUUCGACAAGGCGGGCGCUGCUACAAGCAACAAUGCGCGCUCCGCAAAAGAAACUCCCGCAUCAACCGUCAGCUUCGUGGAUUUCCGCUUUGUACCGUUAGUCGACGAGGACGAGCUUGGGGGCGCGGAUAUUCGCGAUGACAUGGAUUAA